UCCUCUUUCAGUUAUUGCUUCCUUUCCUUCUCUCCCUUCCUCUCUCUGCCUGAAACCACCAACUAUGGCAUGCAGGCUCCCAACGCAGAUAGCAACUCCUGGAAAGUUCCACCAUAAUUACCGUGGCCACCGACACAGCCAAAUCGCCGUCUCUUCCAACAACACCUUACUUUCAUGGCGGCGUAAUUUGUCACCGCAGCCUCUCAUCUCGCCUUCCGCUUCAUUUAUUUCUACAGUUUUGAAAGGGAAACGUGAUGUGCGGCCAACGGUGACGUGCAAUGCGAGUGCUGCGGAGGCAGUGGGUGCUGUGAAUUUGGCACCGGGAACUCCAGUAAGGCCGACGAGCAUAUUGGUUGUAGGAGCCACUGGAACUCUAGGCAGGCAAAUUGUGCGGCGGGCACUGGAUGAAGGCUACGAAGUACGAUGCCUUGUUAGGCCUCGUCCUGCUCCAGCUGACUUCCUUCGCGAUUGGGGCGCCACUGUUGUCAAUGCAGACCUUAGCAAACCCGAGAGUAUACCAGCAACACUGGUGGGCGUUCAUACAGUCAUUGACUGUGCCACAGGGCGUCCUGAAGAACCCAUCAAAACGGUAGACUGGGAAGGAAAAGUUGCUCUAAUACAGUGCGCAAAAGCAAUGGGAAUCCAGAAAUUUGUGUUCUUUUCUAUCCAUAACUGUGACAAGCAUCCUGAAGUUCCACUAAUGGAGAUCAAAUAUUGUACCGAGAAGUUCCUUCAGGACUCUGGCCUUAAUCACGUCGUAAUCCGGUUAUGCGGUUUCAUGCAAGGCCUUAUUGGGCAAUAUGCAGUACCUAUACUAGAAGAGAAAUCUGUUUGGGGAACCGAUGCCCCCACAAGAAUUGCUUACAUGGAUACCCAGGAUAUAGCUCGGUUGACAUUCAUAGCAGUACGCAAUGAGAAAAUCAAUGGGAAGCUUCUCACUUUUGCUGGUCCUCGAGCAUGGACAACCCAAGAGGUGAUUACAUUGUGUGAAAGACUGGCAGGGCAGGAUGCGAAUGUUACUACUGUUCCAGUUUCAAUUUUAAGAUUCACCCGUCAACUGACACGGUUUUUCGAGUGGACAAAUGAUGUCGCUGAUAGACUGGCAUUUUCAGAGGUUCUAACGAGUGAUAUUGUGUUCUCUGCUCCUAUGGCUGAAACAUAUACACUCCUUGGCGUGGACGCAAAAGAUGUAGUAACACUUGAGAAAUAUUUGCAGGAUUACUUCACCAACAUACUAAAGAAAUUGAAAGAUAUCAAAGCUCAAUCAAAGCAAACAGAUUUUUACAUCUGAAAGAAAGACGUUAUGCAAUUGUAAAUGGAACUAUGUAAGAGAAUUUGCUUACAGACAUUGGGAAGAAGUUGGCAGACCUCUCAAUUUUUAUUGCGGUCGAUGUGGGAUUGCAAAAAACUAAUGCAACAAAUACUUGGCUCUCCUGCACUUCAGACCUUAGCUUGAUUCUCUUCCCUUCUCUUCUGUAACGCAAACAUGAGAUCUUUGAACUUGACCGACCUGGAAUUUGCACCUUGGCAUCUAACUUACUGAAAACAGGUUGGUUUUAGUAAAGCUUCAGAUAGCCAGCAAGUUGAGAUUCUCUUGUGAUUAAGUGCUAUCAGAACACAAGUCUUGAAUGAAAGAUGAUCUGACUUCAAUUAUAUAUAGAAUAUACAAUUUCGGAUCACACUCAUUUUCUAACUUAUAGAGUCAUAUUUAGAAUACACAAUUCAGAUUAAUAGAGAUGGAUAUGACUCAAAAAAUUAAAAUUAACAGAGUUUAUUUAAAUUGAUAGAGUUUACUUUGAAUAUGUGCUAAUUGAACAUGCCUGCUAAAAUUCUUUUUAAAUUCAAUAAUUUUUUUCCCAAUUAAGUGAAAAUUUUUUAUGGUUUUGUUUAUUUUUUUUUAUCAUAUAAAUAAUAAUUUUUCUAAUAUAAUAAUUUAAGGAGAUAAGUUUUAAUGUUUUCUGAAAGUAGUCUGCAAAAGUCGAUUGACUUGGAGAGUGGAGACUGCCCUAUUUUGAGUGAAAAUAGGAAGAGUGAUUAUAUGUAACGACCCGGAAACCGAUACCCUAGGAUCCAGAUCGGCUUAAGGCUGUCGGGACCUGUAGCAAGUCAAACAUACAUCCUAUUAUCUGGUUAAAUCUCAUACAUAACAUAUUAAUAUACAUGCAUAAAAUUAUGUCCACUAGGAUAGGAUGUGGAGUUAUGUCCUGUAUGAUGAUGAUUGGAACAAUUGUUACUCACUUUCACCGGUCUAUUCCCUUAAAGUAGGAGGUCAAGGGUUCGAGUAGUGGGGAAGCGAUUUAAUUUCCAAAGGAAAAUUUGAGCCAAAUCUACUUGGGGAAGGAUGCGAUGCGAGAACUCAAAGGGACAAAUUCUGCCAAGAACCCGUGAGGGUGAAUAGAUGUUAAAAGCUACGCCAGUGAAAAGUUCAAGGUGGCAUGAGGCUAGGCGUGGGAUAGCCCUGAGCCGUGUUCAAGGUGGCAUGAGGCUAGGCGUGGGAUAGCCCUGAGCCGUGAACGGUAACAGUGCCGGUAAAAGGGCCGGGCUAUUACAUUAUAACAGCCGCAUUUUUUUUUAAUCAAUCCGUAAUUUACAAAAAAUUUUAAUUUAAAUUAAACAAGGAAAAGCCAACAAAAUCAUGACUAACUAAUACUUUUUAAAAUAAAAAAAAAAAAAUUAACUUUACUAAAAUAACGUGACAAAUUAAUGUUUUUUUUUAUUUAUAUAUAUUUUUUAAAGCGUGCAUAGAACUCAUUAUAAAGGGGUGUAAUAUCUAUCCUAAAGGACUAAGACCAAAAAAUUAAAGAACCAAAUCAGAAGAAAAAAAAAA